CGGUGAAUAAUCUUUAUCGACAAAAGAAAGUAUGAAUCGAUUUCGUAAAGUAAAAGACAACAGUAAGAAAUACUGUCUAGUGAGGUUUAUUGAGGACAAAAUUCUGUACAUAGUACCUACAAGGCAGUUGACUCCAAUUGAAGGAGAUUUGGUGUGGGCUCCAUAUAAAAAAAUGGGCUUUUAUGAAGCUCAUAUAGUUUUUCUCAAUAAUAAUAGAAAUAUAUUGGAAAAAAAGAAACGAGAUAUCCAAAUGAGUGAAGAUAUUGAAAGUCUGAAUGAUAUGAAUACUGCAAUUUCUACAUCUAAUCUCUGUGGUAAUGAAGAUAAUUCUAGAUGUUAUCCUACAUAUGAGGCAGAUGAUACAAAAAUAAAUCAAAGUAAGUAUGGUACUUUCUCAAUAGACGUGAAUUUGUUCUUAAAAAAGUAAGUCUAUGUUCAACUUAUAGUUGUUGC